UGCAUUCUCUUUGCCUGUGUCAGAGCCGGGUUUUGCUCCUGUGCACUGGGCACUCAAACCUCCCUCAUCCAGGCAGGACUCAUGAACCUAAAGGCAGGAAUCUGACAUCCGGACCCCCUUCCCCACGCCAGGCCACCCUCUGCCCGAGCCUUGGACGGCCAGCCAGGCCCCCUCCAUUCUCAGCUCCUUACCUGGAGUGAUGGAAAACUCCUCUGUGGCAUCUGCCUCCUCUGAGGCAGGGAGUAGCCGAUCUCAGGAAAUUGAAGAGCUGGAGAGGUUCAUUGACAGCUACGUCCUUGAGUACCAAGUCCAAGGUUUGCUGACCGACAAAACGGAAGGGGACGGGGAGAGUGAGAAAACGCAGUCCAACAUCUCACAGUGGACAGCGGAUUGUAGUGAGCAGCUGGAUGACAGCUGUUCCUCGUCGAGAGGGAAGGGCUUACCACCUCACGAACACAAUCAGGAAGAGUGGGAUCACAGCAGCAGUGGGAGUUCAGGAUCCCGGCCUAAUUCAGGCUCCAGGCCUGGGUCUGAAUCAAGGUCUGACAGCCAAGGGAGAAGCAGCCAGUUCAGUCAUUCAACCAAGAAUGGCAACAAAGACAACUCCCUGGACAUGUUGGGGACAGAUAUCUGGGCAGCCAAUACCUUCGAUUCCUUCAGUGGUGCAACCUGGGAUUUACAGCCUGAAAAGCUGGACUUCACACAGUUUCACAGGAAGCUCCGGAACACCCCCAAAUACCCGCUCCCGCACAUAGACAGAGAAGGGCUUGGAAAAGCGAAGCACGAGGAUGGAGACGGAAUCAACCUGAAUGACAUAGAGAAAGUCCUUCCCGUCUGGCAGGGUUAUCAUCCAUUGCCACAUGAAGCUGAAAUUGCACACACCAAAAAACUAUUCAGAAGAAGGAGAAACGACCGGAGGAGACAACAGAGGCCUCCUGGAGGAAACAAAUCACAGCAGCAGCACACGGAUCAUCAGCAAGGUACUGCCAAACACAACAGGGAACACCAGAAACUCUACCAGGGAGGCCAACCCCCUCACUCCUCAGGGAGGCCAGGCCACCAUGGCUACAGCCAAAACCGGCGAUGGCACCACAACCAGAAGCACUCGCCCAACGACAAAGAAACGCACAGAAAUGCCAAAGAGACUGAGAAUUUGAAAAUCGAGGACGCCGCCGUCUGCACAGUGCACAUCCCCCUGGAGAUGCACCGGAGCACGGAGGUUGUGGAGAGACAGUCUCAGCAGUACAUUCAGGAACCAGAAACCAAGCGGAGAGACAGUGUUCAUGAGCGCAUCGGGGAAAGGCCAAAGGUCAAUUUGCUCCAGUCUUCCAAAGACAGACUGCGAAGGAGACUAAAAGAAAAGAUGCCUUGUCUUUCCCUUUUCACGGAUCAGGACGAAGUGCCGGUGGAGGCAACCAACCCCCAAAAGAACAAAAUGGACAAAUUAAUUGAAAUCCUCAACAGCAUGAGGAACAACAGCAGUGAUGUGGACUCCAAGCUCACCACCUUCAUGGAGGAGGCCCAGAACUCCACCAACUCCGAGGAGAUGCUGGGCGAGAUUGUCAAGACCAUUUACCAGAAAGCGGUGACGGACCGCAGCUUCGCCUCCACAGCCGCCAAGCUCUGUGACAAAAUGGCGCUCUUCAUGGUGGAGGGGACCAAGUUCCGAAGCCUGCUUCUCAACAUGCUGCAGAAAGAUUUCACAAUGCGGGAGGAGCUGCAGCAGCGCGACGUGGAGCGCUGGCUGGGGUUCAUCACCUUCCUCUGCGAAGUCUUUGGCACCAUGAGGAGCAACACUGGGGAGCCCUUCCGAGUCCUUGUCUGUCCCAUUUAUACCUGCCUCAGGGAGUUGUUGCAAUCUCAGGAUGUGAAAGAAGACGCUGUCCUUUGCUGUUCCAUGGAGCUGCAAAGCACAGGCCGGCUGCUGGAGGACCAGCUGCCUGAGAUGAUGACAGAGCUGCUGGCAAUAGCACGUGACAAGAUGCUGUGCCCCUCGGAGUCCAUGCUGACACGGUCCCUCCUCCUCGAGGUCAUUGAGCUGCACGCCAACAACUGGAACCCCCUGACGCCCACCAUCACACAGUACUACAACAAGACAAUCCAGAAACUGACAGCCUGAGAACGCAGGGCGGUGGGGAUGGAAGGGAGCAGGAAGAAGACAUGCACCUUAAAAGGAAACAGGAAGGAACUGUGCUACAAAUUGAUCAGCUACUGGAGAGAGAAGCAAGAACCUUUAUGAGAAAAUACCUAAGAAGACAAACCCCAGCAUGCUUAAGAAUAUGUUCAUGAGGUUGGGGGGCAGGGGAGCAUGUUUCUUUUCAGCUGCGUUGCGGAGCACCACCCCUCUUUCCUGCUGAGUUUUUGUUUCAGGUUUCUUUUAUUAAAUCAUUGCUCAUGCAGCCGCGCAUCCCGCCGUGUUAUUGUUUGGCUUUAGAAAGAACAUGGAGAAUUUGAAAAGCAAGUGGAAGUGCAGGCUAGCAUUGUUUUCACGCCAUUCUCUUGGCUUGCACCAGCCAACUGGCAGGAGACAACACACAGCAGAUGUCUUGGGAGGACAAAGAAAGACACGUUCCACACCAGACGCCGGUAAUUGACGGCUUUUGUCAAAGCGAAGCUUUCAUUAUUUUUUCCCCCUCUUCUUGUCUUCAACUUUUUAUUCUCCCCCUGACCUUCCCUCCGCAAAAUCCCCACGAACACCUGAUUCUAGGUUAGGAUUUCACACAAGAUGAUUUAUUUAUUUGCACUGGGUUUUCAUUUUUCUUUGUUGUUGUUUUAUUAGGUUUUUUUAAACGGACAUUUGCUAUCAACUUUGAAACAUGAAAAUAACAUUAUAAUGUGAGCGCUUGAAUGGUUGGCACGAGGGUGUUAAAUUGGAAGAAGAAGUUAAAAAAAUCCAAAAGCCACUUUAGAAGUAUCAUAGCCACAGUCUUCUUGCCAGUAACCUAUCAAGGUAAUUGAAAAAAUGCACACUCUGAGCUGGUAACUCUAAGAAACACAGGCAUUCUGCAGCUGUUUGCUACUAAAGACGCAGUAUUCCUCAUCCACUAAACUAUAAUCCAUUUAUUUUUUGUAACUGACUUUGUUUGUUUGUUUAAAGAGUGCUUUAUUGUAAUUACUGUCACAGUUGUUAUUAUACAUUUAAACCAGGUCCCUUAUGCUUGGUCCUAAUAAUAGACAAGGUGAGGGAAAAAUUAAGACUUGAAGUUCUUCUUUGGAAACCGGUAAACAGAAGGUGACAAGUAUAUGGCAUUGGAAAGGAAAAAAGAAAAGCCGAAAAUAUAGCUUUCAGGUUUGGCUUCUAAUUAGCUAAACUUUCCUAACCAGCGUCUCUCAGUUUGCAUUGCAUAGACGUGGAACUCAGAAGGAGGCUGUUUCCGUCUUUUGCUUUGCCAGAAGCAUAGUCUGUUUAGUCGGUGUAACUAAUACAGCCUCUGAUAUGGAGGAGGGUCAGAGCGGGUUGUUUCGUUCCACUAAAUGAAGUGUAAAGAGGAGAGCAAUGUGAGUGGCUAGAGAUGGAGUUAGAGGUAGUACGAGAAGGAAGCCACAGUACACCUCACUGGCCUUACCUGUGUAACCCACUGGUGCGUGUGUGUUACAAUUCCCAUUCUGUGUCCAAUUCACAGAGGAUAUGAGUCUGUUACAGCCCCAGCUAGGGACUUUCAGCUCGAACUGUAACAGCUCAUGCUUUUAGCUUUGGCGAUCUGUGGUUCAAUCCCUGGUGGGUCAGACAAGAUGGCAGCUGUCACGUAGUGGAAGCUUGUCUGGAAUUCAAACUGCUGUGGGCCUCAGACACUGAGGAUGAGCUUCCUUGGAUCCGAGGAAGGAUGUAACUCACUGGUGAGCGUGUGUUACAGGUCCCCAGCCUCCAUGCCUGGUGCGCAGAGAGAUGUGUCUGUUACAGCCCCAGCUAAAGAGAUCUGAUUCUUUAGUGCAAGCUGUCGCAGCUCAUGCUUUUUGAGCUCUGGAGGUGCCCAGUUCAAUCUGCAGUGUGUUAGUAAAGGCAGCAGCCAUCACAUCUACUUGUCCCACCAUAUUUAACACUAGUGCAGUUUCACUGGUGUUAGAAACAUUGGGAGCCCUUUAUAGAGAGGCUGCUGGCAGCAAUUUAAGCACUGUGUUCUCUAGACCUGAUCCAAGCAGGAUUAGGUGAUAUACAUGCUUAAAAACCCUAGUGCUCUGUCUACUCUAGGGUUCUCCACAAUGCUCAUACCAGUGAAGCUGAAGUGGGGUUGGCAAUGCUGGGAAGUGUUUGCAGAAUGCCCCUAGGGCAGAUCAGUCUAGCAUGAGAGGUGAAGCCAGUGACUUGACUUGAUUAGGGAAGAAGGUGAGAUGUUAAGUGUGCAACAUGCUUUUAGACUGAGAUGGAUCCGUGUCAGUCGUAAAACAAGUAUUAGUUUUGAAGCACAUGCAAGUUUGGCAGAGAAACCGCAGCUUCUAAGCAUAUGGUACAUUUAUUUUUUUUUAAGUAUCUAUUCUGUAGCAAGUCUGUAAUUCCUAAGAAGAGCAAAGCUGCCCACCAAACCCUUCCUUAGGGGCCAGUGCCCCAGGACAGCAUGACUUUAAUUCCCAAUGAUGCCAGCAGGAUUUGUGGGUGCUCAUCAACUUGCAGGCUUAGGGCUUUAAUGUAUAAUAUAAGGCAAGAAAUUUGUGAGAGAUAGACGUAAACACAAUAUUUACCAUUUGGAGUGUGAGUAACAUUAACCAGAUUUAUGGAUCCUGUUGACUAACUUCAGUUUCUUUUUUGGAAAAGGAGAUCUGUUCCAGCCCCGUAUUUGAAACAUGCUUUGAAGUUACUUAUUUCAGUAACUUCGUAUUGAUAAAGAGGGAUGGGCAGGCCAUUACUUCACUUCCUGUACAGUGACCAGGAAAUGAUGUCAUGGCUUAGCGGUUGCUUCUUUAUUGAUGCUUUUAUUUACUACAUCACUUCUGGUGCUUACUUGAUGAAGUCUAACAGAAUUAGGGGGGUGGAAAUUUUCCUUUAUUUGUUCAGCACUUAUUACAAUGGAAGAUUAGAGAAGGAAGUGACAGUACAUAACCCUCCCUCCAGGCACCUGUGAUCUGAGCAUAGCUGCCAAUGUUGGGUGAAUCUAACCAUUAAGAGAUUAAUAUCUGCCUUAUUUCAUUAUUGCAACAGGUCUCAGAAACUCACUUGGAAAAUCUGUUUUGGUGUUUGUAACACUCACAAGCUGUUUUCCAAAAGUCAGUUUGUGAUUAGGGCGCUACUGAUCAGUGCUUAUAAUAUGGGAGGAUGGUAUAUUCCAAUUUUUUCUUCGCUUUUCUCCUGUUGUUCAGUUUUCUUCCCUUUCCCCUGACAGUAAGAAGUAUGGAUUCGGCAACCCACCUCUGGCGCCAUGAAACUGGAGUGUAGCUCCUGAUUAAACAUGAGACCCAAACACAAACCCCCAGGUCCAAAUACCCACCCACCUUGAGGCAAUACAGAUCUGGAUCUGAACUCCACAACUUAGACCAGUAGAUUGAAUUUCUGCCUGCUUGUUGACAAGAACAAAGAUUCAAUCCAGAUCUUUUUUGGAUGUUCAGUAUAAGAGAACCAGAUUUCUCCGUUACUUGGGGGGAAAUUAUUUGCAGGAAGCCAAGUUUGAGGGCAAAAAUUUCCAACAAAGAAAAUACCACAAGAGGAGAGAAGAUUUGUUUUAUGGUUCACAGUUAUUCGAAACUUCUCUGUUUCCUGCUGUUUUCUAAGGUGCAUACAAAGCAAGAGAAAACAGCAGGAUACAGAAUCCUCAUCAGUACCGUGUCCAGGAAAGAAAGAGAAGACCUUGAUUCAGCUGUAAAAAAUUGCCUAAUGCACUCGACUUCUCUGGAAAGACUGAUUUCUAGUUCCAGAAACAGUCUAGGGAUGACAAGGGGUUAGCUCUCUGAAGACUGACACUUGCAGUACCUCAGCAUUAGGUUGUCUGUGAGAAAACUGUGUCACAGUAGGGGCAGCAAUAUUUUAUAGUGAAUAUCCGUGAGAGAUUGGACUUUAUAGAACAACAAAGCCCAACAGUGUUAUAAGGUUCAGGGCUGUAGCCAUUGAAUCUAAACCCUCCUUGUUUGCCCUCUGAUGCCUUGCCCCUUGGGGUGUGAAAGAAGCAACUGCUUAAGACUGGAUUCAGUGCAGUCUCACAGAAUUGUCAUGAAAUUUUACCAACCUGAACACAAACUCUACUCACCCCCAUUUCAAGACGAUGCUAAAGAUGGAAAACAAAAAUGUUCAAGGUUGAUGUAAUGUGAUACGUGGGUUAUCCACAGUUGAUUAUUUGAUUGCUUUAGAAUGUCCACAGCCAAUCAGAAUAAUUAUUUAAGCAGCUUACUAUAUCCACGUGCUGCUGCUACUUUUUCAGACUUGAACAAAGAAUUUAAAAGUGAUUUUUUGUUUUAUUUUUGGGGUUGUUGUUUUUUUUUUAAUGAAAACAGCCCCUAAAAUACAGGCCAUAUGGGGAAAUGUGUGAAUGAUCGAAUUGAGCCCUCCAAUAACCACGAUCUCCAGCUCCUGUUCCCAGCCCUCCCAGUAUACAUGCCAGCUUCUGUGGCUCCUGUCUUUCACCCAGUAUAGUCUGCAACAUUUCAAAAUUGACCUCUGAAUGUAUCAAAGGAAGGGAAAAAGAAGAACCCAGAGAAGAAUUGGAAAUUGCAUUUCUAAGACUUGAAUUUUCACCUAAUCACUGGGAAUUUUCUUGGAGCACCAAGAAGCAAAGCCAAGCCACAUGACAGUAAUUCUGUUCAAAUGCUUCUCCGCCGCCAGCCAUGAGGGUUUAUUCAUAGUUUUCCUUUACUAGAGGUUGCCUUCUAGCUGCAGUCCUGUACCCAGUAUUCAGGUUUAAUGGAUUUGGCCUGUUACUUUGUUCUGUAGCCCUGAAAUUUUCCCCCAGCCUUUUUUGGACAGUGUCUAAGAACUUCUCGUGAUGUGAAAUCCAUCUUUCAAUGAUUCGUGAUUUGUAUCUGACAAUUAAAGUGUGUUCAUUCUGCCAUUAACUGCUUUGUAAUUUGAAAUUUUGAUUGUUCCAUGGGUACCCAUGAAUCUAAAUGUUGACUGAAAAUGUAUUUUUUCCCCUGGAACUAUACACACCAUCAAUCAUAUCUUUUGAAAGUCCAUUGAUAACAAUAAACUUUACCUAUGACAUUGCUACCCCUGAACAGCAUUGCUAAGGAAUGAAAGAAACAGGACAAAAUAGCAUUUUUCUCCAUCUAAGAGUGGUCACCAAUUUAUGUUUCCAGGUUUCUCAAUAGUGAGAGACUGUCCACUAUAUGAAUGUGAAAGCAUCAUCAGUAACUGGUGUAAAUAACAUGAAUUCUAUAAGAUGCUCUGUGGUGGAAAGUGUCCAGCAGAAGCAGUGGUGCCAAGAUACAACUAGAACCAAUAUUAUAGGUUCACUAGAAAUGUCUAUAAAUCAGCACUGUAAAACCAUCUCUGUUUUUAAUAUUUUCACCAAUUCAUGGUAAGGUCAAGUACAAAAAUCCAAGUGAGUUUGUUUGUUGUUUCUAUUCUUUAUAGCCGCCAGAGCCUGUAAUUAUUAAGGCCAUGUCUACACUAGCACUUAUGUCAGCAAACUUUUGUCACUCAGAGGUGUGAAAAAACACACCCCGGAGCGACAUACGUUUCACUGGCAUAAGUGGUAGAGUGUACUGUGCUGUCGGUGGGACAGCUUCUCCUGCCGACAUAGCUACCGCUGCUCAUUGGGGGUAGUUUAAUUAUGUCAACAGGAGAGCUCUCUCCCAUGGGCAUAGAGUGGCUACACGAGAGAUCUUACAGCGGCGCAGAUGCAUCAGGACAGCUCUGCUGCUGUAAACUCUCUAGUGUAGACAUAGCCUUAGUGUGCACUGAGUUACCUUUUGAAGGAACAUGAGUUACCAUUUAUGUUUCUUCAUUAGCUUUGCCCAGUUUCAACCUUUGUGUUCUCAAUAAACGUAGAUUUCAAAAAUUGUUCCUUUAAAAUUAAAUCAGUGGAGGGAGGGGGCGGGAAGUCCAGUUAGGGUAUGUCUACACUACCCACUGGAUUGGCG